AUGCCUCGCCGACAGCAGGUCGUCAAGAUCAAGAAAAAGUCAUCGAACGGGCUAAGGUCGCGUGAUUUCCAGCGCAGUGAUGCGUCCAUCGAACGCACAAUGGAGCAGAGCAAAAGCGUCGUUGAGGUUCCCUUCUCAUAUCCUUCCUACACACUCACCUCCAAAGCAGCGCUCCCGACCUGUCCAGAGACAUGCGAAACUUGUGUCCAGCACUAUCUGCCAGAGUCCAAGGAUUGGAACCCAGAAAAACCACGUGCCAUGGUCCCUCACAGCGACACCGAAGCCGCACAGAUCACGGCUGACUAUGUCAAGAGUAUCAACGCCGACCGUGAUGCUAUUCGCGCCAGGCUGCAGAUGGACGCCGACCUUGUUUUGAAACGCUGGCAGCGGAAGAGCGUUGAGAAGCGUGCUACAGCUGUGCGUACUGCCAUGCCUGAAGUCCACGCUCGCCGCUUCCAGAAUGCAUGGCUACUGUACGAACAUAAACGGGCCUUUGAAGAGUACUGGUCCACUCUUGAUAAGAAGAAGAUUAAUGCACGCAGCGAUGACCAGGGCAUGGCAGACAUCAUGCAAGCCUUGCAGGUCCACAACGACUCGCGCCGCAAACAGCACCUCCUCCCUUUCAUCGACGUCGAAACGCUAUCGCACGAUCCCAUGAAUCUGCUGGCUCUGCUCCACUACCGCUCUGAUUCCGACAUUGCUGACUGGGUCAUGCACGACUUCGAACAGCUAAAAGUCGGCUUCAACUGGACUAUGGGACCGCCCUCUUUCAACCCACACUGCGUCAUCAUGUACGGUGCACAUCUCGGCCGUCUGAUUCCUUGGAACAAGCAGUCUGCGCAUCGCCACGACAUCAUCGGCUACCCAAGAGCAGUGCUCAUCCUCGAGGCACAAGCAGCCCUGUUCGCCUUCCUGCGCAAGACGGUUGAGAUGCUGCUUGAGCCGAGUCUUCACGAGGCAACAGCAGGCCAUCAGCAGUGGGACGUACUUGUGCAAUCUGACUUUGGCAAGAUUGGUCCGACGCCACUCGUCUGUCGGCGUACAGAAGUGUUUCGCAGUCCACCACGCCUCGACAUGGCCGCCAUCGUCGAGUACCUGCACGAGCAAAGAGAUGCCAUGUUUGACGAGCUGUGGCUGUUGCAGACUGACCCAGAGUACUUCCGCGACCAUCUGAUACGAGCCAAGGACAAUGAGAUGCAUGACCGCCUGGCGACGAAGUGGCGUGAGCAAUGGGUUUUGGAUUACGCUCUGUGCUAUAGUCAAGCCUGUUUGAGGCCGGGCAAAUCACUGCCGACUGAAUACGAAGCGAUCCUCGUGCUCUUCCAGAGACACCUUGAGCAACUAUUCCAAGAGAAAUCAUUCCGGGAACACUACAGGAUCCUGGAAGGCGGUGUUUUGGCCAAUCCAAUGCUAUGGAAUCUGACCAAUCUCUACAACGACAAUCUGUCACAGUCACCCACCUUCUACCUGGCUUUCAUCGACCACCUCAUGCGCGAAGACGCAAAGAACGAGAAAAGUCGUAUCUCGCCGUUACUUGCUACACACAUAUCAAACAUGAUCGUCAUAGACGACAUCAUAUCAAGCCUUCGAUAUCAUCGACCUCGCCAUGGUGUCUCCGUUGACGCCAGUAAGCUUGUCAAAUUCGCCGAAUCGCAGCCACGCACGCUGCCAUUACAUGAGCAAUCAGCCUUUGUGGGCGGUUAUGGGACGAAGGAGAUAAUGUGGCCAAAGCUGCAAGCUUUCAUCAGACUGCGCCUUCCACAAUCAGAUGAGCCAGCCGUGGUACUCAGACAGUUGAAAUUGCUUGAUCAGACAUCGCAUGACUUCUGGGACAUGGCGUGUGUCAACUUCAUGCUCUUGAUUAGGCAAAGCGGCCAUCCGGAGAAGCUGUACUCAGACCCAAUAUAUCUGACUCAGAUUGGAUGGACUCAGGCUGAGCAGAAACAAAGAGCGCUACGUUAUGUCCAGUUGCAGCAGGCUGCUGAUGAGAAAAAAGGAUGCAAACGACCGCGAGACCCCCCACCACCACCCCCGCCGCCGGGCACAUCAUCUGUCAUUACAUUGCUGCAGACUGCUUGGGGAGAGCCAGCAGCUCCAGCGGCUGCACAAGUUCCUCAGACGAAGCCGAAGGUGAAGACAAGACCCACCGCACCACCCAUUUCUCCUGCAGACGACACUACAUGGGAUCCCAAGCCCAUCGUCUUACCGCCAAGCUCAGCCACUUCGAUCCAGGUAUCCUCGGACAGCCUGACUUUACUCACCCGCAUGUUUACAGCAGACUCAACCACCCCAGGCGAGAUCUACUGGACCGACUUCGUCUCGGCGAUGGCCGACGCCGGCUGCUCGGUCAUGCCUGGUGGUGGCUCAUGCUUCACCUUCACGCAUGUAGAUGAGAAGGAACAGAAGCACUCGAUGGUCUUCCAUCGUCCACACCCCGAGCCGAGUAUGAGUAAGGACAGGUUGAGGUCGUUUGGCAGUCGGUUGAGCAGACGCUGGGGCUGGAGCGAGAAGACUUUCGCUGUCAAGGCAUAA